CGGACACCUUUCUUUCUUGAGUUUUUCAAGUUUGUCUCGAUCUGACAGUUGUGUCGAGUUGCGUGUUUUGUUGCGCUGUUAUCGCUUGGUCUUUAGCGCAUUUUUAUUUUGAUAAAUAAUCCAUUGCCGAUUUUUAUGUACUCUGUACUCAUCACUUAUAUCAAUUCCUCGUUUGCUACCGCGAUAAAAUAUUCAUUGCCUACUGAUUGGACUCGAUAAAGAUGAGUUUUCUUGUGAGAUUCCGAUCCUUUUCUGUACACUGCAUCUUUGGAUAGGAACGGUCUCGUAGGCACGUACUUACCGUCUGGUCAUCAGCACUUUCUCUCGCUGAUGCGUUGCCAGUGAGUAAUUUGUACUGUAGUUUUUUGUGUACAAAGAGUCUGGAGGAUAACGACAUCGAAGUAACCGUAUGCUAUCGAAGUAGUGUAUGAAUAAAUAGUUUUUAAGAAGUACCGUGUAGUGUGAUGUGCUAGUGAUGGUUGAGAGGGACGGGAUGCGGCGCGGCGGCAGCAGCAGCAGCGGUGGCGGCGGGUGUAACUGGGGUGGCGGCGUGCUCGGCCGCUGGUCCCUGCGACGCUUGUUGCUGGACAGCCCACUUGUGGGCAGAAGGCUUGCACACUCAGUGUUGGACCAAGGCGACGCGCGGCCGUCGAAGCAGACCGCCCCAGAACCUCCCGCACAGAUCAGACAGUUCGUAGUACGAGUGGUCACCGAAGAUGAACUGCGCGCCGAGGCGGUGGAAUGUCCUCUCUGCCUGUCCAUGUUCAACCGCGGCCUUAUGGUGCGGCUGGCGUGGUGUUCGCACCGCUGCUGCGAGUCCUGCCUGCGUCAGUACCUCGCCAUCGAGAUCUCAGAGGCCCGUAUGCCCGUCAACUGCCCCGUCUGCCAUGAGAACAUGCAUCCCCAAGGUAACAUACAGAAACACAGCAAUUCAAUCAUAUAG